CACCACACCACUCUUAACUCUUCCACUGACAGCCCCAAUAGUUCUUGCACUGCCACCACCACUCAUCCCUACAGCCACCACUAAGACCACAUAAACAUACCGCCAACACUACCAUUGCCACUACCACAGAUCUAUCACUUAACCAAAACCACCACCCAUUUAUUUACCAACACCACCGCCACCAACACAACUACAGACCUCCACCCGCACCUGUACCUGCCACAACGACCACCACCAGCCACGCACAGCCUCAAAGCCCACACCGAUUUCACCAAAACUACCGCCACACAUUCCGCUAUCACGAACCAGCUCCACUAAUACCACCACCAUAAACUCCAUCAUCACCGCCACCUAAACCUCCACCACCAUCAAUACCUGCCCAUACCACCACAACCACCAACUACCGUUACCACCAAAACCAUCUCGCCACCUCCACCGCUGCCGAGGCUCUGUACCCUCGCUGUGGAGCAGCGUUGGACACCGCUCCCAAGAGCACUGCGAGCUCACACGACGGGGACGAGUGCAAUGUUCGAGAACCGACCUCAGUCGAUGCAGUUUGGUCUCGUUCCGGAUCACAACCGAGGUGGCGGUCCGGCCUCGUAUCCCUCGGGCCAACCGCACGCGUACGUUCACGUGGUGCCCGUGGAGGAGGAGCAGCCGGAGCGCCCCUCCGUCGCGGGACCCGUGUCCACCACGUGCCCCUCCUGCCAGCACGAGGUGGUCACCGAGACCGUCAGCAGCCCGGGACUCCUGGCCUGGAUCUUGGUGGGCAUCAUGUUUCUGCUGGGGCUUUGGCUGUGCUGUUUAAUCCCCCUGUGCCUCACCCCCUGCCACGACAUCCACCAUCACUGUCCCAGCUGCAAGGCGCGCAUCAGCACGAUCCGCAGGAUGUGAUGGGGACGGCACCAACACUCCCCCACCCACCUCCUCCAACGCGGCAUCCUCCUCCCGACGACAUCACCCUCGACGCGGGCAGCAGCUGUGACGCGCUCGUGACUCACAGCACGAAGUGGACCUCGGUUCGAUUCCUGAUUCGGGUCGCCUUUCUCCGUGCCGUUUGUGUGUUCUCUCUCUCUCUGUCUCGCACUCCCUCCACCGUGUGGAUUUCUUCCGGGUUCAGAGUCAGAAUCGUUGUUGUUUUUUUAAAUCCGGGAAAAAUCCGAUGAGCUAUGAAGCUCUUUUUUACGGUUCUCCGGUUUCCUCCGAAAAGCUAAAAAUAAAAUAAAACGUGCGGUGGAUGUGAUUUGUGUCGGCCAAGCAUCCCAAUGUGUAGCAGGACUCUGCAGAAAACAGUCUUCGGGACUUUUCUGGGUAAAUAAAUAGCAAUUAUUGUCAAUAUCGUCGUCACUGCUACGGCCCUCUGAUAGUGGCAAUGUAUGAACCACAAGUGCAGGGUAGAACUCGCUUAAAAUCUAGAGGUGGGAUUCGGAUCACUGUUGUUAUUGUGUUGUUACAACAAUGAGCGUUUUAAUUUUUAUAUUUUCAAAGCUCACGUUCUGUUUACGUGACACAACAUUACUAAUUGGCUGUGUCGCGUUGUGGUGGAUUCCAGACUCAUUUAUAAUGAACGCGAUCGACCCGAGGAGAAUAAGAAAACCCCUUUAUUAUGAAAAAAAAAACACUUUUGAAUUAAUAUUUAAUUGUAGUAUUUACCUUAAUUCUGUCACACAACUGCGGUAUAAUAACGUUUAAAUCACAAUAAUAAUUGACGCUUAUAAAGUGCGUUUCACCCAGAGGUCGCAAGAUGCUGCAGACUUUCGAUUUAAAGCUUUCG